AUGACAUACAGUCCUGAAGAAGAGAAUCUCAGGGAAUUGCUCCCUCAAGAUCAUCCAUCUGAGGAACAAGCUCAAUUCAAUAGGUUGUCGAGAAAUAAGAAGUUAGAAAGACUCAACACGUUAAUAGAAAGGUCCAAAGUCUACUCAAAAAUCAUCUCCGAAAACAUAUUGGAAGGAGCUUUCAAGAAUGCAAAUAAUAAUUCUAAAGGCAGUUCGAAUGGUUCUUGUUCCACGCCUUCGCGCAAUUCAAAAAAAGUCAAAUCACCUACUCGCUCUAAAGCAGAUAUCACGCAGCUACUUUCGAAAGGGCUGUCAGAUAAUGCCAAAUCUAAGAAGCAGAAGAUCGAAGAGUCACAGACAGCUCAUACUCAAAAUCAACCACGAAUGGUGACAGGCGGGGUGAUGAAAGAUUAUCAACUAGAUGGACUACAAUGGUUGACCACAUUAUAUGAGAAUGGAUUAAAUGGGAUCUUGGCGGACGAGAUGGGCUUGGGAAAAACGUUGCAGUGUAUUUCCUUCUUUUGCUUUUUAAUAGAAAAUGGAAUCAAGGGCCCAUUCUUGGUAGUGGCACCUCUAUCGACAAUAGGGAACUGGUUUCAAGAGAUAAAGAGGUUUGCUCCUUCUAUAUCUGUUCUCAAAUAUACCGGAUCAAAACCUGAGAGACAUAAAAUCAAGUUAAAUCAGAAAGAAAAUGUGGUUUUAACAUCUUAUGAAUUGGCAAUUAAAGAUUUUAAUAGAUUGAACUCGAUAGAAUGGAGAUAUCUCGUUGUUGAUGAAGGACAUAGGCUAAAGAACAUGAAUUGUGUCUUAAUACGCUUUUUGAAAAAACUAAAUAUCAACAAUCGUUUAUUAAUAACCGGCACGCCUCUUCAAAAUAACCUAGAUGAACUCUGGUCAUUACUUAAUUUCAUUUUACCUGAUAUUUUUCAAGAUCUUGAACUAUUUCAGCAAUGGUUCAAUUUCGAUGAAUUGACCAAUUUUGAAAAUGACAACAACGGUCAAGGGGAGGAAGACGAUGAGAUGAACCGUGCAAUCGAAAUUAAGAUUCAAGAGAAUUUGGUUCAUAAUUUACAUACCAUAUUGAAACCGUUUAUUUUGAGAAGGAUGAAAAAAGAUGUAAUGAUUGACUUACCACCGAAGAAAGAGUAUUUAAUUCAUAUUCCUUUAUCUCACCUUCAAAGAAAAAUCUACAAUGACAUAUUAGAUGGAAAGACAUACCGCUCUUUGGUAGAAGCAUUCGUACGAGAGUAUAUUAAUUUUAAUUAUAGAGAUGUGUUCAAUUUUCCAGAGGACAUAUCUUUAGUCGAAGACUUCCUUGCUGCACAAUACAAGACAAAAGAAUUAGGAGAUAGAAAUUUGGAUAUAGAUACUGAGAUUAUUGACAAUGCCGUUGAAAAUGUUAUACCGAAAAAGAAAACCUUGUUAGAAGAAAGGCUAAACUUAAAGGGACUAUCUAUAGCAAGAAAGAAACAAAAGAUCUUGGAGUUCUACUUUGAAGAAGGAUGUCAUGAGAUUAGAAACUUGUCGUUACGAAACCCUGUUAUGCAAUUGAGGAAUAUCUGUAAUUCACCUUACAUAUUCUAUGAGCCAUUUCCUAUCGUUGAUACUCCAGAAGUUACUGAGAAAUUUAUGAAAGCACUACUUCAUAAUUCUACUAAAUUUAGGUUAUUGGAUCAGUUAUGUAAAAAGUUGCUUCCACAAAACCAUAAGAUCUUGAUCUUCUCCCAAUUCACAAGAGUUCUAGAUUUGUUACAGGAUUGGUUCACUUAUGAAGGGGUAGAUGUCUGUAGGCUAGACGGAUCCACUGGUCAAGAGGAGAGGGAAGAACAGAUGAAGCAAUUCAGUCUGAAUAAGAAAAAACAAGUGUUUUUAUUAUCCACCAGAGCUGGGGGAUUGGGUGUCAACUUGAUCGCAGCAGAUACCGUAAUAAUUUUUGAUAAUGAUUGGAAUCCACAAGUUGAUUUACAAGCUAUCAAUAGAGUCCAUAGAAUUGGUCAAACAAAGCCAGUAAAAAUUUUUCGAUUUAUUGUCAAGUGCUCUAUUGAGGAAAUCUUGAUAAGUAAAAGUGCAUCGAAGAGAGUUUUAGAAAAGCUUGUGAUUCAAUUAGGAGAAUUUAAGUACAGUCAACUACAAGGAAUCUUUAACAAAAAAGAACCACACUUGAGAGAAAUUCUCGAUUUCACGAAGAACCUUAAGAAAUUUCAGCAGGAUGACAGUCGAGAGGCUAGCAUAAACUAUGACUAUUCGGACUUAAAAACGGUCCACGACAAUAAUAUAUUGAGUAACGCAGAAAUCCAAGAGCUUCUCGAUAGAUCCCAAAAAUGUUACGAGAGAGGCUUCGUUGAUGACACACUUACUGAUAUAUCCGUUUUCGACAGCUCUGGCAGUAAUGAUAGCAUAUGA